UCUGUUCCAGUUUGUGUGCAUAUGCUGCUGACUUCUGCUCUUCCCCUGUGUCCAGGCCCCGUGAUUACCAAGAAUGGAGCAGCAAUAGAAUGGUGAUCAACAGCAGUGCACAAACUGCGCCUGCAGAAUCUUUAGCCCCUUUGCCAAAAUCUCACUGUUACAAUCUUUUUUUGCCAGAAAACUUUACAAAGGAGAAACAAAUAGCCUUCCCUGGCUCCAGCUAUAUAGUCUCUUAAAAAAAAUCGCUAUAGCUAUUAGCGACGAUAUGUCUGGAUUCUGGAUUAACGACAGAAACAGUGUAAUUGGAACCAUCCCUAUAUACUUCACAGUAGACACCUAGACGUACUGCCAGCAGGUUGCUAUGAAAGCAGUGAUAUGCAUGCAACAAGAAGCAGAUGCCAUUGGAGAAAAUAUAUUCUUCCGCCUGAUGACUUAGUGAAGUCUGUUUACCUGAGCAUUAUUCGAGUACGGUGCUGAUGAUUAAUUCCGAAUUUUACAACCUUCUAUCUGCGUAAUACCCCAUGGAGAAAAUGGGAGGUUACUGUUAGGCCGCCGAAGGCUUGGUUGAAAAGAUGAAGAAGUCCACUGCUGCAUCAAACCAGCUGGUGCUCUUUGCUCUGUGGUGCUGUGCCUGUGUCUCUGUGUUAAGGAGCAGUAACCACACACUUAUCUUUCAAAAAGAGAGCAACUUCCGGAACUGCAGCUGCGUCUCCAGUAUCCCAGACUGUGGGUUUGCUCUUGCCAACCUUAUGUGCAAAUGUAGGACUGUCUUUUCUAAGGAUAUUGAUAAAACCAGCCCGACAUUUAGUCACAGCAGCAGGUUAGUGGUGUGGCUGUCAGACACCACUACUGUAGGGCUGCUGCUGAAUUAUUCAUCAGUCCCAAGCCUCAGACUUUCUUUGUGCAACCCUGAUGCUGUACUGACUGAAUACCUUGUCAUCUUUGGCCUGAAAGAGCUCUGUGUGACAAACCCCAAGUCAAAAGUCAAAUACCCACUGCAGAACAUAACGAUAUACAGCACACGGGGUGCUGUCGUUGAGUCGUCUUUGCAGAAUGGCACUGGAUUCUCAUUUUACAUUUCAUUCUUAAACAUGGCGCUGAUGCAUGGAGAUUCUAAAUUAAAAGCAUAUUCGGUGCCAAAUGUCACAAAUAUUGCUGAAUAUUUUCCAGAUCUUCAAUAUGACACAACCUCCUUCCCCUUGGAGACUGGCAGUUCUCUUGUUACAUUUAUCUAUGUUUAGGCACUGCAACUACUUCGCUUUUCAUUGCUCACUAAGGGCAACAUUGAUGCUGAACUUGCAAGAAUCCAUUUGCAUGCAAGUUUUGAGGAACUUCUGAGCUCAGAUUUUCCAUUAAUCAUGUCACUCCAAUUUUAACACUUUCCACAUGAACAAAGGGGGGCAGAAUGGUGAGAACUAGAUUAGUAUGUAUAUUCAGAUCUUGGCUCACAUCACCUAGUGAUUUCACUGUAAAUAUCUGCUUUGUAUUGUAACUUGAAAAAAAACGUUUGUCAGUAUUAACUUACAAUGCUUCAUCUAUGGAACCAUAUAUAUAAUCUCAAAAGGCAGGCUUUUUUCCUCCACUUUACAUCAACUUUAAAUAGCACUAACAGCAACUGGCAAUAUCAUGCUAGUUUCUGUUUCCUCUAAGACUGCAAGGCCCAAGAUUUCUGGGAAGAGAUUAACGGCACUGUGGUGUCGUGGCAGAGUUACUACCUCACUGUGCCAGAGACCCAGGUUCGAACCCUACCAUGUGUGCUGUCUGUAUGCAGUUUGCAUGUUCUCCCUGUGACCGCAUGGGUUUAUUCCAGGUGCACCGAUUGCCUUCCACUCUCCAAAGUUGUGCAGGUUUGUAGGUUAAUUGGCUUCAGUAAAUUGCCCCUAAUGUGCAGGACAUAGAACUGGUCAUGGGGGAUUGAUGGUCAGCAUGGAGGGCCAAAGCACCUGUAUC